UCCUUCUUCAGCUCCUUCGGCCCACGCCCGCAGCCGCUUGGCGGAGAGGAGGUGGUGGCUCUCGGCGCCCCAGGCUGCUGCCGGCGGCCCGCCCCGACGCCGCGUCGGCUCAGCCCUCGCCUCGCGCUCCAGUAGCCGGACCGGGUCUCCGGACGAGCGGGUAAUAUGCACGUGUCACUAGCUGAGGCCCUGGAGGUUCGGGGUGGACCUCUGCAGGAAGAAGAAAUAUGGGCUGUAUUAAAUCAAAGUGCUGAAAGUCUCCAAGAAUUAUUCAGAAAAGUAAGCAUAGCUGAUCCUGCUGCCCUUGGUUUCAUCAUUUCUCCAUGGUCUCUGCUGUUGCUGCCAUCUGGUAGUGUGUCAUUUACAGAUGAAAAUAUUUCCAAUCAGGAUCUUCGCGCAUUCACCGCACCAGAGGUUCUUCAAAAUCAGUCACUAACUUCUCUUUCAGAUGUUGAAAAGAUCCAUAUUUAUUCUCUUGGAAUGACAUUGUAUUGGGGGGCUGAUCACGAAGUGCCUCAGAGCCAACCUAUCAAGCUUGGAGAUCAUCUCAACAGCAUCCUGCUUGGAAUGUGUGAAGAUGUUAUUUACGCUAGAGUUUCUGUUCGGACUGUUCUGGAUGCUUGCAGUGCCCAUAUUAGGAAUAGCAAUUGUGCACCUUCAUUUUCCUAUGUGAAGCAGUUGGUAAAACUGGUUCUGGGAAAUCUUUCUGGGACGGAUCAACUUUCCCGUAACAGUGAACAAAAGCCUGAUCGAAGCCAAGCUAUUCGAGACCGAUUGAGAGGAAAAGGAUUACCAACAGGAAGAAGCUCUACUUCUGAUGUACUAGACAUACACAAGUCUCCAUUCUCUCAUCAGACCUUUCUUAACAAAGGGCUUAGUAAAUCUAUGGGAUUUCUGUCCAUCAGAGACACACAAGAUGAGGAAGAUUAUUUCAAGGACAUUUCAUCAGAUAAUAAUUCUGGACACGAAGAUUCUGAAAAUGCCUGCUCCCCUUACCAGUUCAAAACUAGUGGCCCAGAAAAAAAAACUUUCCCUGGUAUUGAUGUGCUUCCCAAGAAGAAGAUUUGGGCUUCAUCCAUGGACUUGCUUUGCACAGCUGACAGAGACUUUUCUGUGGAAACUGGUGGAUUCCGACAAUAUCUCCCUGAGGCAGUAACGGUGCGGACUUCAACUACUCCUAGAAAAAAGGAAGCAAGAUACUCAGAUGGAAGCAUGGCCUUGGAUAUCUUUGGCCCUCAAAAAGUGGAUCCAGUGUUUCACAUGCGAGAUUUGCCCACUUCCUCAGCAAUAUCGAGUGCUUUGGACCGAAUUCGAGAAAGACAAAAGAAACUUCAGGUUCUGAGAGAAGCCAUGAAUGUAGAAGAACCAAUUCGAAGAUAUAAAACUUACCACAGUGAUAUCUUUAGUACCUCCAGUGAAAGUCCAUCUGUCAUUUCCUCUGAAUCAGAUUUCCGACAAGUACGAAAAAGUGAAGCUUCCAAGAGGUUUGAAUCUAACAAUGGUCUCCCAGGGGUAGGUGAAAACCCAAGUCAAGGCCAGUCACAGAGACCAAGUAGACAAUAUGAAACACCCCUUGAAGGCAAUGUAAUUAAUCAAGAGAUUAUGCUAAAACGGCAAGAAGAAGAAAUGAUGCAGCUGCAAGCCAGAAUGGCCCUUAGACAGUCUCGGCUGAGCCUGUAUCCAGGAGACACAAUCAAAGCCUCUAUGCUUGACAUCAGCAGGGAUCCCUUAAGAGAAAUGGCCCUUGAAACAGCCAUGACCCAAAGAAAACUGAGGAAUUUCUUUGGCCCUGAGUUUGUGAAGAUGACGAUUGAGCCAUUCAUAUCUUUGGAUUUGCCACGGUCUAUCCUUGCCAAGAAAGGAAAGAAUGAAGAUAACCGAAGAAAAGUAAACAUAAUGCUUCUGAGUGGGCAGAGACUGGAACUGACUUGUGAUACCAAAACUAUAUGUAAAGAUGUGUUUGAUAUGAUUGUGGCCCACAUUGGCUUAGUGGAACAUCAUUUGUUUGCUUUAGCUACCCUCAAAGAUAAUGAAUAUUUCUUUGUUGAUCCUGAUUUAAAAUUAACCAAAGUGGCCCCAGAGGGAUGGAAAGAAGAACCAAAGAAAAAGAGCAAAGCCGCUGUUAAUUUUACUUUGUUUUUCCGAAUUAAAUUUUUCAUGGAUGAUGUUAGUCUAAUACAACAUACCCUGACCUGUCAUCAGUAUUAUCUUCAACUGCGAAAGGAUAUCUUGGAGGAGAGGAUGCAUUGUGAUGAUGAGACUUCUUUAUUGCUGGCAUCCUUGGCUCUCCAGGCUGAAUACGGAGAUUAUCAACCAGAGGUUCAUGGUGUGUCUUAUUUUAGACUGGAGCAUUAUUUGCCUCCCAGAGUGAUGGAGAAACUUGAUUUAUCCUAUGUUAAAGAAGAGUUACCAAAAUUGCAUAAUACGUAUGUGGGAGCUUCUGAAAAAGAGACAGAGUUAGAAUUUUUAAAGGUCUGCCAGAGACUGACAGAAUAUGGAGUUCAUUUUCAUCGAGUGCACCCUGAGAAAAAGUCACAAACUGGAAUAUUGCUUGGAGUCUGUUCUAAAGGUGUCCUUGUGUUUGAGGUUCACAAUGGAGUUCGCACACUGGUCCUUCGCUUUCCAUGGAGGGAAACCAAGAAGAUUUCUUUUUCCAAAAAGAAAAUCACAUUGCAAAAUACAUCAGAUGGAAUAAAACAUGCCUUCCAGACAGACAACAGUAAGGUGUGCCAGUACCUGCUACACCUCUGCUCUUCCCAGCAUAAGUUCCAGCUGCAGAUGAGAGCAAGACAGAGCAACCAGGAUGCCCAGGAUAUCGAGAGAGCUUCGUUUAGGAGCCUGAAUCUCCAAGCAGAGUCCGUUAGAGGAUUUAAUAUGGGACGAGCAAUCAGCACUGGCAGUCUGGCCAGCAGCACCCUGAACAAACUUGCCGUUCGACCUCUGUCAGUUCAAGCUGAGAUUCUGAAGAGGCUCUCCUGCUCAGAGCUGUCGCUUUACCAGCCAUUGCAAAACAAUGCAAAAGAGAAGAGUGGCAAAGCUUCAUGGGAGGAAAAGCCUAGAGGGAUGAGUAAAUCAUACCACGAUCUCAGUCAGGCCUCUCUCUACCCUCAUCGGAAAAAUGUCAUUGUUAACAUGGAAUCCCCACCACAGAGCAUUGCGGAGUUGGUAGGAAAACCAUUACACCAGAUGGCAAGAUCUGAUACAGAAUCUUUGGCAGGAUUCACAAAACUUAAUAAUUCAAAGUCUGUUGCAAGUUUAAAUAGAAGUCCUGAAAGGAGGAAACAGGAAUCAGACUCCUCAUCCUUUGAAGACCCUGGUCAAGCAUAUGUUAUAGGAAUGACUUUGCAUAGUUCUGGAAAUUCUUCAUCCCAAGUACCCUUAAAAGAAAAUGAUGUGCUACACAAAAGAUGGAGCAUAGUCUCUUCACCAGAAAGGGAGAUCACCUUGGUGAACCUGAAAAAAGAUGCAAAGUAUGGCUUAGGAUUUCAAAUUAUUGGUGGGGAGAAGAUGGGAAGACUGGAUCUAGGUGUAUUUAUUAGUUCAAUCACCCCUGGAGGACCAGCUGACUUGGAUGGAUGUUUAAAGCCAGGUACUUUACAUCUAGGAGACCGUUUGAUAUCUGUGAAUAGUGUGAGUCUUGAGGGGGUCAGCCACCAUGCUGCAAUUGAAAUUUUGCAAAAUGCACCUGAAGACGUGACACUUGUUAUCUCUCAGCCAAAAGAGAAGAUACCCAAAGGGCCUUCUAGUCCUGUGCACAUUGCCAGUGGCAUGAAAAACUACAUGAAGAAACCUUCCUCCAUGCAAGACAGUGCUAUAGAUUCUUCUGAGGAUCACUGCUGGCCACAUGGUACCCCAAGGCACAUCUCAGAGAGCUCCUUUGGGCUGUCUGGGGGCCUGCGGGAAGGAAGCCUGAGUUCUCAGGAUUCCAGGACUGAAAGCGCCAGCUUGUCCCAGAGUCAGGUCAAUGGUUUCUUUGCCAGCCCUCUAAGUGACCGAACCUGGCAGGAAUCACAGCACGGCAGCCCUUCCCCUUCUGUGAUAUCCAAGACCACUGGGAAGAAGAGGACUUCUACCGACAGUAAUCGAAGCAAAACUAAAAAAACAGGCAGUUCUGAUGCAACAGAUUACUCUGACCGUGGAGAUUCAGACAUGGAUGAAGCUACUUACUCCAGCAGUCAGGAUCAUCAAACACCAAAAAAGGAAUCUUCCUCCUCAAUGAAUACAUCCAACAAAAUGAAUUUUAAAACUUUUCCUUCAUCACCUCCUAAACCUGGAGAUAUCUUUGAGGUUGAACUGGCUAAAAAUGAUAACAGCUUGGGGAUAAGUGUCACGGGAGGUGUGAAUACCAGUGUCAGACAUGGUGGCAUUUAUGUGAAAGCUGUUAUUCCCAAGGGCGCAGCUGAGUCCGAUGGUAGAAUUCACAAAGGUGAUCGUGUCCUUGCUGUCAACAGAGUUAGUCUGGAAGGAGCUACCCAUAAGCAAGCUGUGGAAACACUGAGAAAUACAGGACAGGUCGUUCAUCUGUUACUAGAAAAGGGGCAGUCUCCAGCGUCCAAAGAACAUGUCCCCAUGACCCCACAGUGCACCCUUCCAGAUCCAGAUGCCCAAGGUCAAGAAAAAAUGAAGAAAAUGACUCAUGUCAAAGACUACAGCUUUGUCACUGAAGAGAAUACGUUUGAGGUAAAAUUGUUUAAAAAUAGCUCAGGUCUAGGAUUCAGUUUUUCUCGAGAAGACAGUCUGAUUCCUGAACAAAUGAAUGCCAGCAUCGUAAGGGUUAAAAAGCUCUUUCCUGGACAGCCAGCAGCAGAAAGUGGAAAAAUUGAUGUGGGAGAUGUUAUCUUGAAAGUGAAUGGAGCCUCUUUGAAAGGACUAUCUCAGCAGGAAGUCAUAUCUGCUCUCAGGGGAACAUCUCCAGAAGUAUCCUUGCUGCUCUGUAGACCUUCACCUGGUAUGCUACCGGAAAUUGACCCUGCUCUUUUGACCCCACUGCACUCUCCAGCACAAGUACUUCCAAACAACACCAAAGACUCCUCUCAACCAGCAUGUAUGGAGCAAGGCACAAGCUCAGAUGAAAAUGAAAUGUAUGACAAAAGCAAGAAACAAUGCACAUCCCCAUCCAGGAGAGACAGUUACAGUGAUAGUAGUGGGAGUGGAGAAGACUUGGUGAAAGCUCCAGGAAAGAUACCAAAUAGGAGCUGGAGUUCAUCUUUGCAUCAGACUCUAAACAACAUGGGAUCACAGGCACUAAGUCAACAUGAAACAUCUAAGAGUAAAGAAGAUGCCAUUUGUACCAUGUUUUACUAUCCUCAGAAAAUACCCAGUAAAGCAGAACUUGAGGACAGCAGUCCUCCUUCCCCUCUACCACCGGACGUGACUCUUGGGCAGAGCUAUCAACCCCAAGCAGAAUCUGCUUCCACUAAUUCAAUGGAUAAAUAUAUAUAUCACAUUUCUGAACCAACUAGACAAGAAAGCUUGACAUCUUUGAAAAAUGACUUGGAAAACCACCUUGAAGACUUUGAACUGGAAGUAGAACUCCUCAUUACCCUAAUUAAAUCAGAAAAAGGAAGCCUGGGUUUUACAGUAACCAAAGGCAGUCAGAGUAUUGGUUGUUAUGUUCAUGAUGUCAUUCAGGAUCCAGCCAAAAGUGAUGGAAGGCUAAGACCUGGGGACCGGCUCAUAAAGGUUAAUGAUACAGAUGUUACAAACAUGACUCACACAGAUGCAGUGAAUCUGCUCCGAGCUGCACCCAAGACAGUCAGAUUAGUUCUAGGACGAGUUCUAGAAUUACCCAGGAUGCCAGUGCUGCCUCAUUUGUUACCUGACAUUACAUUAACAUGCAACAAGGAGGAGUUGGGUUUUUCCUUAUCUGGAGGUCAUGACAGCCUUCAUCAAGUGGUAUAUAUUAGUGAUAUCAAUCCGAGGUCAGUUGCAGCCAUUGAGGGCAAUCUCCAGCUAUUAGACAUCAUCCACUAUGUGAACGGAGUCAGCACACAAGGAAUGACCUUGGAAGAAGCUAAGAGAGCAUUAGACAUGUCACUUCCUUCGGUGGUGCUGAAAGCAACAAGAGAUGGUCAUCCAGUGGUUCCAAGUUCUAAGAGGUCUGCUGUUUCAACUCCACAGUCAAUCAAAGCCAAUGGUCAUCACCCCGUGGAGCCUUGCCACAAGCCUGCCGUCACUCCUAGUAAUUCGUUCUCCAAGGUUAAUGGGGAAGAAAUAAUUGAAGUUUUAUACCCUGAAGGAAAAUGCUGUACUUAUCAGAUGAAGGGAUCAGCAAACUUGAUUCUCUCCAAAGAAUCUAAUGUACAAGAAGAUGAUAUCUAUGAUGAUCCUCAAGAAGCUGAAGUUAUUCAGUCUCUGCUGGAUGUUGUGGAUGAGGAAGCCCAGAAUCUUUUAAACCAAAAUAAUGCAGCAGGAGAUGCCUGUAUUCCAGGUUCAUUGAAAACCAAUGGGCAGUUAUCUGAAGAGAGAGCAGAAGAUACAGACUGUGAUGGUUCACCAUUACCUGAAGAUUUUACAGAGUCUGUCAAAAUGAAUGGCUGUGAAGAAUAUUGUGAAGAAAAAGUAAAAAGUGAAAGGGACAAAACUGAAGAAAAUAUUACCACUGUGUUUUAUUGUCAUAGCUUGAUUCAAAAGUCACAAGAAACGAAGCCUGACGAUGAUGAUGAGAUAACAUUGGGAAGUGAUGAAUUGCCAAUAGAAACAACAAACCAUGAAGAUUCUGAUAAAGAUCAUCCCUUUCUGACAAAUGAGGAGCUUGCUUCACUCCCCAUCGUUAAAGUGCUUCCCUCUGGUAAAUACACUGGCACCAAGUUGAAAUCAGUCAUUCGAACAUUGCGAGGUUUAUUAGAUCAAGGAAUUCCUUCUAAGGAGCUGGAGAAUCUUCAAGAAUUAAAACCUUUGGAUCAAUGUCUAAUUGGACAAACUAAGGAAAAUAGAAGAAAGAACCGAUAUAAAAAUAUACUUCCCUAUGAUGCUACAAGAGUGCCUCUUGGAGAUCAAGGUGGCUAUAUCAACGCCAGCUUCAUUAAGAUACCCGUGGGAAAAGAAGAGUUCGUUUACAUUGCCUGCCAAGGACCUCUCCCUACAACUGUUGGAGAUUUCUGGCAGAUGAUUUGGGAACAAAAAUCCACAGUGAUAGCCAUGAUGACCCAAGAAGUAGAAGGGGAAAAAAUCAAAUGCCAGCGCUAUUGGCCUAACGUCCUAGGCCAAACAACAAUGGUCAGUGACAGGCUUCGGCUGGCUCUCGUGAGAAUGCAGCAGCUGAAGGGCUUUGUAGUAAGGGCAAUGGCCCUAGAAGAGAUUCAGACAGGAGAGAUACGACAUAUUUCUCAUCUGAAUUUCACUGCCUGGCCAGACCACGAUACACCUUCUCAGCCAGAUGACUUGCUCACUUUUAUCUCUUACAUGAGACACAUUCAUAGAUCUGGCCCAAUCAUCACCCACUGCAGCGCUGGCAUUGGACGUUCAGGGACCCUGAUAUGCAUAGAUGUGGUCUUAGGAUUAAUCAGUCAAGAUCUUGAAUUUGACAUCUCUGACUUAGUACGCUGCAUGAGACUACAAAGACAUGGAAUGGUUCAGACAGAGGAUCAAUAUAUUUUCUGCUAUCAAGUCAUCCUUUAUGUGCUGACACGUCUUCAAGCUGAGGAAGAGCAAAAAGAACAGCCAGAGCUUCUGAAAUAACAUGAAAAGAACAGCCUCCUGGAUGCUUUUUCAUCUUGCUCCCAACCUCCAACAGGUGUUCCUGUUCUCUGCUUAAAAUAAAGAUCACAGGGCAGCAAGUCCAUACGAUAUUAUUAUGCUUAUUCUCCUCUACCUUAGAGGGGCAUUCUUCACAACAAUAAAUAAUGUUGAAAUGCUGUAUUCUUACAGCUACUUUAACCUGUGAUAAUUUAAAAAUUUUUAACACUAACUGAACAGUGCAGAUCUUAGGGAUGAUUAAGGCAGCAUUUGAUUAUAGUUGAUGUUACAAGGACAUGCUGAGUCUAUUUUUGAUGUACCAAUCUUGUUUAUAGCAAAAUUCUUUCCCAGUAUUUUAAUAGAGUUAUUUUAUAGGGGAUACUUGAAACCAGUAUUUAAGCUUUAAAUGACAGUAAUAUUGGCAUAGAAAAGAAGUAGUAAAUGUUUACUGUAUCAGUUUCUAAUGUUUACUAUAUAGAAUUUCCUGUAAUAUAUUUAUAUACUUUUUCACGAAAAUGGAGUUACCAGAUACAUUUGUAACUGCAUAAUGUUUGUUAUGUAUCAUCUCACUUUGUAAAUAAAAAUACAUCUUAAAAAUA